AUGGCUACCACAUCCAAGCAACGUCUCGCACUUGCGAUUUGCGACUUCCUCACCACCUCGGUGGAAGAUGGCACCCUGACCGCCGACGACAAGGACUCGAUCGAUGUCGCUAUCAACUGUAUCGCCGAGUCCUUCAAGGUUGAUCCUAAUGACCGCGCCGCUGUCACCGAGGCUGUCGGCACCCAAAACCUCCUCAAGAUCUACGGCGUCUACGAGAAGCUCCAGAGCGCCUCCAAGCCCUCUGCCUCCCCCAGCAUUCCCACUGCUGCCGAUACCAGCUCGUCAAGCACCACCACGGCUCCUUCCGAAGACGACAAUAAGAAGGCCGAGAGCCUGAAGGGUGAUGGCAACCGGGCCAUGGCUGCCAAGGACUACCCCAAGGCCAUUGACCUCUACAGCCAGGCCCUUGCCCUUCACCCCGGCAAUGCCAUUUUCCUGUCAAACCGUGCUGCUGCUCACUCGGCAGCCCGCGACCACGAGUCCGCCCGCGCCGACGCCGAGGCGGCCGUUGCCGUCGACCCCAAGUACACCAAGGCUUGGUCCCGACUCGGCCUUGCUCGCUUCGCCCUCGGCGACGCCAAGGGCAGCAUGGAGGCUUACCAGCAGGGUAUCGAGCACGAGGGCAACGGUGGCUCUGAUGCCAUGAAGAAGGGCUUCGAAACCGCCAAGAAGCGCGUCGAGGAACUCGAGGGUGAGGGCGCCAGCAGCCCCCGUGGCGGAGCCGGCGGAGCACCAGACUUUAGCAGCUUGGCUAGCAUGCUGGGUGGUGGUGGAGGUGCCGGAGGUGCUGGCGGCGGCAUGCCUGACUUGGCCGGUAUCAUGAACAACCCCAUGUUUGCUCAGAUGGCACAAAACCUCAUGUCCAACCCUGAGAUGAUGAACAACAUUCUGCAGAACCCCAGACUCCGUCAGAUGGCUGAGCAGUUUGGUGGUGGUGGUGGUGGCGCCGGCGGCGGCGGUGGCAUGCCUGAUAUGGCCAGCUUGAUGAACGACCCUAGCAUUGCCGAGAUGGCCCGCAACUUUAUGGGAGGCAACGGAGGAGGGGCUGGCAACGGAGCCGGCAGGUAA